AUGACAGGCUGGAGUUUGUGCAGCGCUUCCGGGUACCGUAAACCGGAAGUGUUCUUCUUCGUGUUCGAAUGCUUCCACCCGUUAUUCAGCCUCCAUGCACUGGCUAAGAAGGAAGGCCUGCUGGAGGCUGCUGCAGCGGAGGAGCCUCGGGACACAGAGGAGCAUGGGGGAAUGGAGGAGGAUAAGGAUACUGAGGGUGCAGAUGUGGAGGAACAUGGGGGAAUGGAGGAGGGUGCUGCAGCUGAGGAGCUGGUCCAUAUUGUGGAGGGAAAGGGGGAGGUGGUGGAUAAGGCACAGGUUGGAUGUGUCCUGCUACAGUUCUCUGGCGGGGAAAGCUUCUCCCUCAGGAUUUUCAGGCUCUUCAAAAGUCAUCACCUGUGCAUGUGGCUCAGGGGCAGUGCUCACUGA